CUGCUGGGUGAGGGUGGGUGGUGUCAGGCUCUGGCGUGGAAAUGAUAGAACCCACCGGGCUGGCAGGACUUCUGCAAUGAGAGGUGUCCGUUAUUUAUUUGGAGGAGCAGGGGGCCAGUAGUGGCGCCGGGCGGGGAUGCUUGACCAUUUCUUUCUCUUCUAGACAGUCCCAGCCCGUCUCUGCUCCCCUCCCCCUUCCCCUUACCCCACCCCAAGCGAGUGGGAGAGCUACGGCAGCGGCGGCAGCAUCACUCCCCCAGCCGUCGCUGCUCCGCCCCAUCCCUGUCUGUUUUUCUCUCUCAUUCUCCGUUGGCGGCGGCAGCAGCGGCAGCGGUAGCGGCAGCAACGCUGCAAUGAAUGAUCCUCCGCCCUGGGGAAAGGAUUGUAGGUGAGCGUUUCUGCACACGGAAGGGCCAUGACGGACCCGGGACCCCAGAUGUCCAGGACCCCCAGCUCUUCCGAUCCACUGCCAUAGAACAUUGGAGAGGAGGAGGAGGAGGAGACCAUAUCCCUGCUGCCCACCCCCAUCCUAUUUUCUUCUUUCUUUAUCUCAUUGUUGCUGUUUACAGCCCUGGGUCCCUUCUCCCCAGCAUGGGCCGGGCUCCGGGGGCUGUAUCCUGGCUGGUGAUGCUGCUCCUGUCGCUGCUGCUGCUCCUGCCGAUGCCUGGUUAUUCUGCCUAAUCCUCGUUCCCAGUCCGGGCUGGUGCGGAGAGCUUUGGAGGCCAGAACUGCAGCAGCCGGCGACCAGGCGGGAGGGAGCGGCAGCCACCACCCUAGCCUACAUCCCUUCCUCACCUCAGGAAGCUGCAUGCACGUUGAGGAGCAGCCCCAGUGGGCCGGGACAGCCCAGUGGAUCCAGACUUAAGGGCAGGCAGACAGCCCAGGCUGCUUGAGUGAAGGAGGUGGGACGGGGGCGGGGGUGGGAUAGGGACCUGGGGUGGGGGGAAAGGGACUCCUGUGAGCUGCAGAAUGGCCAAUAAAGCCAAGCCUAGUGAGGCCCUGAAGGUGGUGGCCCGGUGCCGCCCCCUGAGUAGGAAAGAAGAGGCUGCUGGCCACGAGCAAAUUCUGGAGAUGGACGUGAAGCUGGGCCAGGUGACCCUCAGGAACCCUCGGGCGGCCCCUGGGGAGUUGCCCAAGACUUUUACCUUUGAUGCUGUCUAUGAUGCCAGCUCUAAGCAGGCUGACCUAUACGAUGAGACAGUGCGCCCCCUCAUAGACUCAGUGUUGCAGGGUUUCAAUGGCACUGUUCUCGCCUAUGGCCAGACCGGCACCGGCAAGACCUACACCAUGCAGGGCACCUGGGGCGAGCCCGAGCAGCGAGGAGUCAUCCCCAGUGCCUUUGAGCACAUCUUCACUCACAUCUCCCGUUCCCAGAACCAGCAGUACCUGGUGCGGGCCUCUUACCUGGAGAUCUACCAGGAGGAGAUCCGGGACCUGCUCUCCAAGGAGCCCGGAAAGAGGCUGGAGCUGAAAGAGAACCCAGAGACUGGGGUCUACAUCAAGGAUCUCUCCUCCUUUGUCACCAAGAAUGUCAAAGAAAUAGAGCAUGUGAUGAAUCUGGGCAACCAGGCCAGGGCUGUGGGCAGUACCCACAUGAACGAGGUCAGCUCCCGUUCCCAUGCCAUAUUUGUCAUUACAGUGGAGUGCAGCGAGCGGGGGUCUGAUGGCCAAGAACACAUCCGGGUGGGCAAGCUGAAUUUGGUAGACCUGGCUGGAAGUGAGCGUCAGGGCAAAGCAGGCACCAACACAGCUGGAGGGACAGCCACCCAGCCUUCAGGGGGAGGGGGUGGCACUGGAGAAAGGCCCAAGGAAGCAUCCAAAAUCAACCUCUCCCUUUCUGCACUGGGUAAUGUGAUCUCCGCUCUGGUGGAUGGCAGGAGCACCCACAUCCCCUACCGGGAUUCCAAGCUGACCCGGCUGCUGCAGGACUCUCUGGGGGGGAAUGCCAAGACCAUCAUGGUAGCCACCCUGGGCCCAGCCUCACACAGCUAUGAUGAGAGCCUGUCCACCCUGCGCUUUGCCAACAGGGCCAAGAAUAUCAAGAACAAGCCUCGGGUGAACGAAGAUCCCAAAGACACACUCUUAAGGGAGUUCCAGGAAGAGAUUGCCCGUCUGAAGGCUCAGCUGGAGAAGCGGGGGCUACUGGGUAAGCGCCGAAGAAGCAGCCGCAGGAAGAAGUCAGUGGCCCUAGAGGGGUACCCAGAAGGUUCUGUAACUGAGGCCUGGGUUGCUGAAGAGGAAGAUGACAACAAUAAUAACACCCGACCACCCCAGCCUACUCCUGAGGUCCCUCUGGAGAAGAAUAUGGAGAACUACCUGCAGGAACAGAAGGAAAGAUUGGAGGAGGAAAAGGCAGCUAUACAAGAUGACCAUAGCCUGGUCAGUGAAGAGAAGCAGAAAUUGUUGGAGGAGAAGGAAAAGAUGAUUGAGGACCUGAGGCGGGAACAGCAAGCCACAGAGCUCCUGGCCACCAAAUACAAGGCAAUGGAGAGCAAGCUACUGAUUGGAGGCCGAAACAUCAUGGAUCAUACCAAUGAACAACAAAAAAUGUUGGAGCUAAAAAGGCAAGAGAUUGCUGAGCAGAAACGCAGAGAGCGGGAAAUGCAACAAGAGAUGUUGUUGAGAGAUGAAGAAACUAUGGAGCUCCGGGGAACCUAUACCUCUCUGCAACAGGAGGUUGAAGUUAAAACAAAAAAACUCAAGAAGCUCUACGCUAAGCUGCAGGCAGUGAAGGCAGAAAUCCAGGACCAGCAUGAUGAGUACAUCCGUGUGCGUCAAGACCUGGAAGAAGCACAGAAUGAACAGACUCGGGAACUCAAGCUCAAGUACUUGAUCAUUGAAAACUUCAUCCCUCCCGAGGAAAAGAAUAAGAUCAUGAAUCGUCUUUACCUGGACUGUGAGGAGGAGCAAUGGAAGUUCCAGCCAUUGGUGCCAGCUGGAGUUAAUAACAGCCAGAUGAAGAAGCGGCCAACCUCAGCAGUGGGCUACAAGAGACCCAUCAGCCAAUAUGCCCGGGUUGCCAUGGCAAUGGGGUCCCACCCCCGAUACAGGGCAGAGAACAUCCUAUUCCUGGAACUGGACGUGUCCCCUCCAGCCGUCUUUGAAGUGGAAUUCUCUCAUGACCAAGAACAAGAUCCUCGGGCACUGCACAUGGAGAGGCUCAUGCGGCUGGACAGCUUCCUUGAAAGACCUUCCACCUCUAAAGUCCGAAAGUCUAGGUCCUGGUGCCAGAGCCCCCAGCUGUUGCCCUCUUCCACCUCGCAUGUCCCGCUGGCCUCCAGUGCUCUACGUCCCUCAACAAUGCUGGCCCAUGAGUGACAGCCUCCAAGGCCCAUGCUGCCUGGCCUGCGGACUCUGGGGAUCUGGCAGCCAGCCUCCAAACAUCUCAUCUGCGGCUUUGUGUGUGUGCAUGUGUGUGUGUGUGUGUGUGUGUGUGUGUGUGUGUAUGUGUGUGUGAAGGGGUAAGAUCCUGCAGACUGUCCCCCUGCCUUUAACUGUUAGCCUCCUUUAUUUAUUUAAUGUUAUUUAUUCAUGGAGCUCAGCUGGUAUGGGGGAGAAUGACCUUCACUGAGGCCUUUGGGGCUGGCAGCAGCCACGGGCAGCUUCCUUUUCCUCUUGCCAGCAUCUCUCAGAUGGCCCCAGGCCAGUGCCCAUAUCCGCUGUCUCUUGAAGGGAAGGUGGCCAGUGCCUGAGAAGAAGUGUUCUCUGCUACACAUCCCAUGCCGUGGUUUCUAUCUGCUUCUCUGUGGUACUCAGAGGCACCACCGAUCAACAUCUGAUGGUGGAAGAAGGUUGGCUGCUGAGAGAGGAAAAGGAACUUCCCAACAAUGGUGGUUGCUGAAGGCCUGACUAACCAGGGAACCCUGAAGUGCUGCUGAGCUGUAAGGGCUGAAGCCCGAAUUCUUUGGGGCCCAGGUAGCCUCUUUCACUAGGAUACUUCCAAGGACUCAAAUAACCUCAUUGCAUCAGGUCACAACCUUCAGUUUUGAUGCAGAAUCCUGGCUCUUUACAAACUGUUUCCUUCAUUCUCUUGAUCCUUCUCUUGGAUUCUGGGACCAGGGCUGAAGAAGUCACUUGUGGCCAUUUAUAAGAGCUCUAGUUCAAAUUGAAGAUAUUUGGAGAGGGGGCAGUAAUUGGCUCUUCAAGUCUUAAGAUGGGGUGUCUUGCCACAGCCCUCAAAAGGACCCAAGCUCUAAGAAGCAGAAGGGAUCUGUAUCUGCCUGACUUUGGAAAAAAAAAAAAAUCAGUCUUUAUAUCUGGUGCUUCCCUCCGUCUUUCAGCAUAGGGAUAGAGGAGCCUGGCACUUUCUUUACUAGCUUCGCUUAAUAUUAUUAAUUGCUUCUGAAUCCAAGUUCUUUGGGGACAUUGCCUUCUUGAAAAUGUACCUAUCCCUUUGCAGCUAUCAUGUGAAUUAGCCCCUAGAACAGUAAUUCCCAAACCUUGUUAUAUUGGUUGAUGGUGUCUUAUGUCAGAUGAUGUACAGAAUUCUAAAACAAAAACAAAAACAAAGAAACAAACAAAAAAAAAAAAACCCACCUCAAACUUUCAUUUCACUUUAACUUUUUUAAAUACACAUUUGAGAAGGAGGGGCAGAAAUCAUGAAAUCAAAUAAAUGUUUAGAGUGUCAAGACCUUCAGAAGGUUGGGAAUCACUAGUCUAGGGAUUUCUUUAUAUCUGCCUCCAUUCUUAUUCUCUCCUAAUUUCAUGUGACUUCUUUUCAUAAAAGUUUUCAGAUUCUCUUGGUCAUACCACCAAUAGAAUGGGAAUCCCCAUUUAUUGAAGGAAACUCAAGACCCACCAUACCAAAUUGCAUUUGGUAUGUUCAGGGGGCCACUGUUCCCUCACAUAGUCCUGCUCCCCAGCCCCCAGAGAAAUGCACCCAUCCACAGUCCCUGGUCUCUCUUACCUCUCUGAACUUUGCCUUUCUUUGGCUUGAGGUAUUUUCCCUUCAAGCUUCUACCUAGUUCCCAAGUCCCUCUUCUUCGAGGGAAACAGUUAUAUUUUGGAGCAGGAAAGAACUUGAAUCAGAAGGCUAAGCAGGAAGGUUUGACUUGGGCUGAGAUGGCAACUGGCUGGAAGUUUUCCAGGUGCCAUGGGAGGUAAGGGUCUAUCCCUGACCAUACCUCCUGGUCUUGCUAUAGAAGCAAGGAAAGCCUUCUCUCUUGCUUGAGCCUUCAAAAGGUGCAGGAGAUAGAGAUAUUGUCAUCUUUUCACAUUUGCUCAAGGGUGGGGACUCUUUUUCUUCAAUUGCUUUGUUCAUUAUCUAGUCAUUUGGUCCCUCUGUCUUAUAGCACAAUCCCUGACUUCCCCACCCCAGGUCUGAGGUUCUGGACGUGGGGUCAUGAGAGGAGCUUCCCCUCUGCCUGUCACUUGUCUGUGUAUGCGUGUAUGUGUGUGUGUAUAUGUGUUUACCUCACUAAGGGGACUCUUCACAUUCAGUGUAAAAUAUCCUGGGGUCAGGGCUGAUGGGGUUGGCAAGGUCUCAGUCUCUCUCUUUUCCUUCUAAUGGAUCAAACAUUUGAUUAACAAAGUGCAGGCCUUGAUUAGGACCAAAUUUCUGUGCCUGUUGCUAUGGUAUUUAUUUAGAACUACAGAGUUAAGUAUGAUGGCCCUCUUGUCACUCUAUACAUAUGAAUAUACAGGACGUAUUAUAAAUAUAUAUAUAUAAAUAUUAUCCUCUGUCCCCCCUGGCUUAGGAUGGAGGCCUUUCUGUUGAGCUGUUGUGCACCUGCCAUUUGGUGCUGCCAGCAAGCCGUCAGCCCUACUCUAUUCAAAUGAACAAAAUCAACAAUAAAGGAAUGAGUAUCGUUACUGA